AUGGCUUUCUUUGGUAGAGUUGGGAACAUAAUAAGGAAUGCAGCCAAUGUGAAGAUCACUUCUGAGUUUAAGCUACGUACUUUCCCGUCUGUUUUUCAAGCUAUACGGUGCUUUUCGAGUACUCCGUCUACAAAGCUGUUUGUAGGAGGUGUUUCAUAUUCUACUGAUGAACAAAGUUUGAGGGAAGUUUUUGCAAGAUACGGGGAAGUUGUCGAUGUGAGGAUAAUAAUGGAUCGUGAAACUGGUAGGUCCAAAGGAUUUGGCUUUAUUACUUACAAUACAGUUGAGGAGGCAUCAAGUGCCAUUCAAGCCUUGGAUGGACAGGAUUUGCAUGGUCGCCGGGUUGGUGUAAAUUUUGCCAACGAAAGAGCCCGUGGAGGAUACGGCGGCGGUGACGGUGGUUUUGGUGGAUCUUACGGAAACACUUCCUAUGGUGGUGGAGGUGGUGCUGGAUAUCAAGGUGGUUAUGGUAACUCUCCCUACGGUGCUGCUCCAAGUGGUGGUGGGUAUGGUGAUGCUGGUGGUAAUGUCACUGGAGGUUAUGGAAACGCUUACAAUGAUGGAACUACUAGUGGAGGUUAUGGUGGCAACAAUGCGAAUUAUAGUGCUCCUGUGGGUAGUGGUGAAAGCAAUACUCUUAACUAUGGCAGUGCUCCCGCCGUUGGUGGUUAUGGCGGUGGUAACAAUGGGAAUUACGGUGCCGCUGAUACUGUUAACUAUGGUAGUGCUCCUGGCGUUGGUGGUUAUGGUGGAGGUAACAAUGCAAGUUACGGUGGCGGAGAAAGCAAUUCUGUUAACUAUAGUGCUCCUGGUGUUGGUGGCGGAGAAAGCAAUACUCUUAACUAUGGCAGUGCUCCCGCCGUUGGUGGUUAUGGCGGUGGUAACAAUGGGAAUUACGGUGCCGCUGAUACUGUUAACUAUGGUAGUGCUCCUGGCGUUGGUGGUUAUGGUGGAGGUAACAAUGCAAGUUACGGUGGCGGAGAAAGCAAUUCUGUUAACUAUAGUGCUCCUGGUGUUGGUGGCGGAGAAAGCAAUUCUGUUAACUAUAGUAGUGCUCCUGGUGUUGGUGGUUACGGUAGUGGUAAUGCAAAUUAUGGUGCCGCUGUAGGUGGUGUAGAAAGCAAUUCUGUUAACUAUGGUAAAGCUCCUGUUGAUGGUGGUUAUGGUGGUGCUUCUGCCGCUGGUGGUCCGAGCAACGGUUUUGCUGGUAGUCAAUACCCUGGAAGUGCAGCUGGGUAUGGCAGUGGAGGACAUGGAUAUGGCGAAAGUGGUCAAGAAAAUUUCAGCAAUGAUGAUCAUGAAGCGGAUGCUUUUGCCAAACGCGCUUGA